AUGGUCCGCCCUCGCCAACCCGCGGCCAGGGGCCACGAGGAGGAACAUGAACAACUUGCGCAAAGGGAAGCACCAGAAUUCGAAUAUGUGUAUUGGACCAAGGAACCGCAUUUACGGAAGCUAUAUGCUUGGGCAUGCGUUUUGAUGAUAGCCUCGGCGACAACUGGUUAUGAUGGAAUGUUAGUCAACACUUCUCAACAGAUCGACCGUUGGAAGCAAUAUUUCCCUAAGACGCAAGCCGGUCCCGACAACCCUCAAGAUGUGGCCGACAGUUGGCUGGGACUGCUCGUGAAUAUGUUUAACAUCGGGAGUAUCAUAAGUUUCUUCCUUACACCAUAUGUUGCGGAUAACUGGGGCCGGAAGACAUCCAUAGCUAUCGGAUGUGUCUUCAUGAUAAUAGGGGGCUGUAUAUCAGCCUUCUGUAAUGGAUACGAAAUGUUCGUUGCCGGUCGCUUGAUUCUCGGCUUCGGCAACAGCUUGUCGCAGAUGGCUUCUCCUCUUUUACUAACGGAAAUCUGCCAUCCCCAACAUCGUGGACCCGUUACCGCUGUUUACAACUGUCUAUGGAAUCUGGGGGCUUUGCUUGUCGCAUGGGUUGGCUGGGGUACCGCGCAGAUCCUGAAUGACUGGAGCUGGAGGUCAAUCACCUUAAUCCAAAUCUUGCCCUCUCUCAUACAGAUCACCUUCAUCUACUGGAUCCCCGAAUCCCCGCGAUACCUCAUAGCGAAAGACCGACACGACGAAGCGCUUGACAUACUAGCCAAGUACCACGCUGGUGGAGACAAGAACGACGUACUCGUCCAAUUCGAAUUCCGCGAAAUCAAAGAAACGAUGCGAAUGGAGAAGCAAGUGUCUCGCGCUGCUGGUUAUCUCGACUUUCUGCGUACCAAGGGUAACUUGUGGCGAUUAGCAAUUCUCGUUUCCUUAGGUGUCAUCUCUCAAUACAGUGGCAACGCACUGUUUUCCAAUUAUAUGGAUACUGUCUAUGAAGGAGCUGGAAUUAAGGUCCAAGAUCAAAAGCUGGCCUUGAGCGGUGGAAAAACAAUUCUAGAUCUCAUCGUAACAAUCCUUGCUGCUUUGAACGUCGAUAGGUUCGGUCGGCGACCACUCUUCCUAAUAUCCACGUCGGGGAUGGUGGUCUCGUUCGUAAGUUGGACGAUCUGCGGCGCCAUAUACGAAAAUUCGGACACGACCAACGCCGCUUCGGGUUACGCGCAACUGGUGUUCAUCUGGUUAUUCGGCAUAUUCUAUGACAUCGGCUUCUCGGGUCUACUAAUAGCUUAUGCGCUGGAAGUACUACCUUUCAAGCUAAGAGCUAAGGGUAUGAUGAUCAUGAACAUCACCGUGCAGGCCAUCCUCGCUCUCAGCAACCAAACCAACAGAAUUGCUUGGAAUAGGAUGCCAAAACACUGGAACUUUAUGCUUUUCUACACCGUAAGUUCAGCCUUCUCAUACUCGAGUUGCCCUUUAUCUACAUACGCUGAGUCGUUCGCUGACAUUGAUUUGUUUCCCCCGCAGCUUUGGGACUUUUGUGAGCUAGCAUUCGUCUACUUCUUCUAUGUCGAGACAAAGGGACCAACGCUCGAGGAGAUAGCAUGGAUUUUUGAUGGGGCAGACGCAGUCGCCAACAUUGAUAUCCGACAGGUGGAGAAGGAGAUGCACGAAAUGGAACGGGAUCAUAGCAUUGACUCGAGGGCUAUGUCGUCAAGAGGAAAGGGUGCCGUUUAAUAAUACUCCUCUUCGUAGAUUGGUCGGGAAGGUCGGUUAACAAUGAAUAAUGAGUUGAUGAAUCUGGCGCCGUGGCUCUUCUCGGAAAAUGUAGGUACUGUUUGGUCUAUUAUCAUUAGGUCAGGCGUAAGGAAUACCAAACAAAACGGAAAAGGACUCAAGGUAUAUCGGCAUAGGCGUUCGUUAUAUGACGUGCAACUGAAAUUGAUAGCACUCGGUUGGCCACAGGGUAGGUAACUAUUAUUAGUUAAUAAUUAGAUUAGUCACAUAGUAUGUAGAGAAGAGUUAUCAAGAGUAGUCAUACAUCUGACUCCUAUCCGUACACGUCCAAAUUCCAAUUGUCGCGUCAACCCAUGAAAUAACGCUCGCUAGUCCGUAAAAUGCUACACUUGCAAGCCUUGUAAUGUCUUUAAACACAUAAAUA